CAUACUGUGGGGCGCGUGUUGCUAUUGUCCUACCACAAGACACGUAAAUGCGGCGAUCUCCAUCUCCUUAGCUUCCAGCUUGAAUCAAUAAGCUUCCUUGAACCCUAAUCAAACAUCACAUCCACAGAGGAGUUAUCGAACCAGAUUCUGCUGAUUUUCAUGGCGUCGGAGAUGGUGGGAUUUCCUCCUUUUUGAUUCUAGUUAACUGAUAAGUUGUGAGGAGGGAGAAUGGGGCAGGCUCUACGGCGAGCUAUGGGUCGGAUUCCGAGCUCGGCGAGGACCCGGCCGUCGCCGCGCCCUCCUCAAAAUGUUUCCUGUAACCCUGAGCAGGUUCCUCGGUUGCCACAUGAUGGCGCGGCUGCCAUCCGGGAGCGUCUGGACGUUCCUCCGCCGGAGUAUAUCUCAGAGACAAAAAUUGAAAGCAAUAUUCUUGAAGAACGUGAUCCAGAAUAUGAUGCCAUGCUUAAAAAGAUGGCUGGAACAAUCAGAUCAAAACCCGGAGGAAAGCUAGAAAUGGGUGAGGCUUUCAUUGUUCAAAAGUAUAAAAGACCUCUGCCCAAAAUCCGCAGCUCGGUAGGAGAAUCUGGGAGAGAUGGUCAGAAGCCCUUGCUCCCAGGAACCCUAACUAUUGCCCAGUUGCAGGAAAUUAUGCUUCUGCAUCAGGGAAAAUCUGGUGACCACAAGGGUCCAAUGGAUAUUCAAAAUAUAGCAAAAAAAUUUGGAGUUGAUUCUGUCCAGGUGGAGCAAAUACUUCAGUUCAUAUCUUUGCCACCAGAACAAGAUAAAAGUGAUAAAAAUAAAUCAAACUGAUGCUGAUGAUACACUAUCAUGUUUUGAGUUUUGAGAUUUCAGUACAGGUCUUUAGCUCAAUAUCUCUAUCAAUCACAAGGUCAGUUUAUCUUCUGCAAUCAUUUUGAUUGAAAGUAGAGGAAGUAAUAGCCUGGAAUAAUAGUAAGUUUUGAAAGUUGGGUGAAAAAAAAAAGCAGAGGAUUGAGAAAA